UUACUUCUUCUCUUCCUCCUUUGCUAGUAACGGCCUCUACAUCUGAAGAUGUCCAACAAUGGAGUUGAAACAGAAGACAAACCACCUGCUCCUCCAAUGAGAAAUACCAGCACUAUGAUUGGAUCGGGAAGCAAAGACACUGGGACUUUAAACCAUGGCUCAAAACCUUUGCCUCCCCACCCAGAAGAAAAGAAGAAGAGGGACCGAUUCUACCGGUCUAUUUUACAAGGAGAUAAAACCAAUAAGAAGAAAGAGAAGGAGCGGCCGGAGAUCUCCCUCCCUUCUGACUUUGAACACACGAUUCAUGUGGGGUUUGAUGCAGUCACUGGAGAAUUCACAGGCAUGCCAGAGCAAUGGGCACGCUUACUACAGACUUCCAACAUCACCAAGUUAGAGCAGAAGAAGAACCCCCAGGCAGUGCUGGAUGUACUGGAGUUUUACAACUCCAAGAAGACCUCCAGCAGCCAGAAAUACAUGAGUUUCACAGGUAUUUAUACGGCUGCUCUGUCCAGCUUUGUGUUAUUUAUUGGAUAUAGGGAUUUUAUUUUGUUUAAUCAACGAGUAGAUCUGUCUUUUCAGUGUCUGCUUGAGCACCCUUCUUCCUCUGAAAAAUACUGUUCUGUUAAUUUUGUUAAUGCCCAGCAUAUUUGUAAAGCUGAACUGGAUCUUGCAGGUCCCAGGCUAGCUGUAGUGCCUCUGCUGAUGAUUUAACGUCAGAUGAUUUUUCAAGUCCACUGUAAGCACCUUGUGUAUGUGGGUGGAUAACAAUACAGAUUCCCAUGUGUUGCUCUGGGAAAUUCGACCUUCCUGCAGCAGGGAUUUGAGGUUUCUGCAUUUGCCUGUAGAAUUUUGUUCUCCCUGCUCCUUUCUCUAAGUGUCAGCUUGGUCUGGGGAGUCCCUUUGCACAAUACCUUCACAAAUCUGCAUUCAGGUACAGGGACCCUAAAAAGGACCCUAAAUAAGAUCCAACCUAUAGAUUCCUGCAGGAGAACCA